CUUACAUCAGUACAUCGUACAUUAUUCACAUACAUCGUCGCCAUACUUCAAUCAUCCCACUUCAAGCGAUAGCGUUGGAUAUUCAAAUCAUGAGAUUACAGGUUUACAACUAAAUUCACGCGACACUGCAUCAGGCGAGACGCGGAAGUUGACAAUCCGUCUCUGAAUUAAUAUUAAUGGAAUUGAGCAGUACAGUUUAUUAUUUGCUACGUUUAACUAUCACUCAGUAUUUACUUAUGUGAAAUUACAAUUUUUACGAAAUUAUAUCAAAUUAAUGCUUCCAGUUAUUUCAAUUAAUAAUUCAGAUUCAACAAUUAUCCAACAAAGUUCAGUGUAUAUACUGAUUAUAUGAAAAAUAAUACGAAAUAUUAUAUUAUAUUGAAUGGCCUUAUUAAUAAAAAACAUUUGGACUUUGUGUUGCAAGCAAUUGUUUCUUUAUAAUAAUCAUGUUGAUAUUUGACUUGUUAAAAAAAUUUUUUGGAUGGGCAGACGAAGCACCUAGAAAGCGUAGAGCUGUUUCGUUUAGUUUAGAAAAAGAAUUUGUAACACCAAAAAAGCAUCGUUGUGAUUACAAAACUAUCAAUGUGGAGGAUGAACGUACUGAGAUUAAAGAUGAUAGUGAUAACGAUGAUGACGAUGUUCAAAUUAUAAUCAAACAUAAACAUUCUCCCACUAAAACGUUCAAUAGGGUAAAUGGCAAAUGUAAUAAUAAAGAAAAAUCAUUUACUUGCUGCACACCAUCAUCAUCAAAACGUCAAACGUGUUAUGAUAAAGUGAACAUGGGGUAUUUUGGUAAUGCAAGUGAAAGAGUACAUAAUGUUAGAACACACCGACAAUGUGUCACAUUAAAUAAAACUCGCCGCCUGAAAGAAAAAAAUCAGUAUGAAGAAUUAUUACAAAAUUUUCUCCCGCACAGAAUACAUGUUAUAUGUGAUAAACAUGAAGAGAACGGACAGAUGCAAGAACCAGCAGAAGUAAUAGAUUUAGAAAAAUUUAAUAUCCCAUCCAGUUCUAAAACGCAUCCAAUUAGAAAACAUGAAACUUCACAAUCAUGUUGGAAAAAAGAGAAGAAGAAAGAAAUAGUUAUUACUUUAGAUAACGAUAAAAUAGAUAAAAUUUCCGAUAAAAUUCCAUCUCAUAGUAAACAUAUUAAUAGAGAAAAAUGCACACAAGUUAGAAAUAUAGAACGUGUAGCAAAAAACACAUUAAGAGAUCACUUAGCAGCGAAAGCUGUGAUGAAAGAGGAUUUUGUUCCACAAAUAACAAAACGAUACAAUGAACGUAUAGAACAACGCUAUAAGGAAGCCGAAGAACUUAAAAAAAUGACAUGUAUGUUGUCUAAACAUAAUCGUUUAGCAAGGGAAGCUGCAUUAGAAGAGCAUUUAGCCAGAUCGAUGAGAUUAUGUGAGGCUGUUUUGGAUGAAACAGAGAAACUAGAAGAAUCAGAAUUACCUACUUUAACAGAGGAAAUGUUACAGGAAGUAAAGCAUGCUCUUAUUCCUCGACCACCUGAUGAAGUUCUUGUAGAAGGUUUUGGUUUACGAAUCACAAGGAAAGAUAUUUAUACAUUAGCUGACUUAAAUUGGUUGAAUGAUGAAGUAAUCAAUUUUUAUAUGAAUCUAUUAAUAGCUAGAAGUAGCAACGAUAAAUACCCAAAGGUACAUGCUAUGAAUACCUUCUUCUAUCCAAAACUAAUCUCAGGUGGACACGCAUCUUUGAAGAGAUGGACUAGAAAAAUUGAUAUUUUCGCACAAGAUCUUGUAGUUGUUCCUAUACAUUUAGGUAUUCAUUGGUGUAUGUCAAUAAUUAACUUUAGAGACAAAACUAUUCGGUAUUAUGACAGUAUGGGUAGCAGUAAUCCGAAAUGUUUAUCUGCAUUACGACAAUAUUUGGAAAAUGAAAGCUUGGAUAAAAAGAAACAAACAUAUGAUACUAGUGAUUGGAAAUUAGAAUCUGUCAAAAAUAUUCCUCAACAAAUGAAUGGGAGUGAUUGUGGUGUUUUUUCUUGUAUGUUUGCUGAAUAUAUUUGUUCAAAUAAAAGAAUCACAUUUACACAGCAAGAUAUGCCAUAUUUUCGGAAUAAAAUGGUUUAUGAAAUAUUAAAAUCCAAGCUUUUAUAGAAAGACAAACAGAUAUUCAUUUAAGCAUUGAUGAUAAACAAACAAAGUAACUUCCAUAAAUUUCAUAUAUACCUUGGAACAAAAGAGUUUAUUAUUGUGUAAAGUAUUUUAGAAUAUAAUUUAUCAGUGAUGUUGAAUAAACAGUGUUCUUUUUAUUAUUAUUAUUGUAAAUUCAGUAUGAUUUCUUUUGUGCUAUUAAAAAUAUAUUUUUGUUUAAAAAUGUAAUAAUGAUUCUUUUGUAAUCUAGAAAACAAUAGUUACUUGUGAUCUUAAUAUAAUAAACAAUUUUUUUUCUUAAUAAAGUAACACUUUUUAUUUUAAUACUAAUUAUAAUAACAGUUAUAUGUAUCCUUUACUAGAAGUAAAUAAUGUACUAUGUUCUGUUUCAAAUAAAUGUAUUGUUUAAGAAAGUACGGAUAUUUUUCCGAAAGACACUUCCGAUCACUAUGAAAUUUUUGUUGGGAGAGGGGCUGAAAUCUAAGUUUAAAAUUUUAGCUACAGGUAUUUAUUAGUUUUCGAGAUGAUAAUACAGGCGUAACUAACCCAUUGAAUGCUGCUUGAAUGUGUAGACGUUACUAAUAACCCCCUGUGUCUCGGGGGGAUUAAAAUACGGCCACGGUAACCUCUGCCUGUCGUAAGAGGCGACUAAAAGAGGGAUGUAAAGGAACGAGUAAGGCAGUAUGAUGUAAAAGUAAUGCAAAAGUGUGAGAAAGAAAAUGUAACUGGCAAGGCGAAAAAUGUAAUGCGAGAAAAGGAAUAAUGUAAUGUGAAAAAGGCGCGUGGACGCUAAUUUUCAGUAGGCAGAAAAGGGCCUUUGUCCCUAGAUCAUGCAGCCCAUUUUAAGAGGGAAGCUAUAAAAGAUAGAAAGAAAGAUGUUACAUUAGUAACCUCCUUCACAUUCAGGGGUCCUCAUUACAUCGUCAAGUGUGUUACGGGGAAAACGUAACGUUGGUUGAUAACACGCGAACAGUAUCCGUAGAAUACUUGCUCGUGGCGAAAUAAAUGACACGAUGAACUUCGUUUGAGAGUGAGAAAUAAUCUGAUUCUUUAUUUUUGUGGCCUGCUUAUAUACAUACGUACAGUUUCUAGUGGAGAGGUACAGGGUUUCAAGGUCCAAAGGGUCUAAUGCAGGCAUGGGCAGCUAUGUAGUAAACGGAGCCGGAACGCUCCCAAGAGCUCCGAACUCCGAAGCUUGUCGGCGAGCUCAAAGUGGAGCGCGAACCGAACCGAACGGCGGAGAAAUAUCCCCACUCCGUAGUAUCUCGAGGUUACGCAGUCAAAUCAUGCAUGUGUGACGUUCUCUGUCGAACGCCACACAUUCGUAUCACCUCGACCGCCGCAGCUCGAUUCCCCUGCAAUGCUGCCCCAUCACUUCGAAAGAGCGAAUCAGUAGAAUGACGUGCGCUCCCAAACAGUGUCGAUGUCAGACGCGCUCUUUGAGCCGGUUUCGUGCCCAUGCCUAGUCUAAUGUGUCAUGGAAGGUGAUUUGCAAACUGUUUGAUGUUCUUGAUGUUUCGGUACAAAGGCUAUUUCCUUUUGGGUGACUCGCUGUCAGAUAUUUAUCCUUAUCUCCGAGGAGGCGUCUAUCUGACCGUUACAAGGAUCCAGGAACCGAUGACAUAUACAGUAAAGAAUCGAUAAGUGUUCAGAAUUUCGGACCGGCGACGAACAUUUAGCGGACAGAUUUGAUUGUCCAACUGUUUCUAGUUUGCCGACAUCAACGUAGAAAGAGACAGAAGAUAAAAGAAGAUGGAUUCGAGCUGACAUAAGAGUUAAAAAUUAAAUCCCUACAUUUUCGUGAAACAACACUAAUGUAACAGCGACAUUGUUUUAUUUAUAUAUUAUGUUUUUUGAAUGAAUGAAUGAAGGAGAGGUAUGAGAGAGAGGAGUCGGAAGCUAAGGGAGGAGAGAACACGGUAGGGAAGAGAAAUAGAAAGACAGAAAGAGGCGAAAAAAGAAAGAAACUGUUAUUGUAAUAGAUCGUGGAUGAUACAUAUGUACAUAAUACUCGUCCCAAUUGCGUGACACUUGUAUGUAUUUCCAGCACCUUAUAGCAACUUUGUUUUUCGAAACUAAUAAAAUAUACAAAGGAGUGUUAGUCAAUAUUCUGAGUGAAUGCAAAUAAUUUAAAUAAAUAAAUAUCAUAUCGUCGGGUAA